AUGCCCCGCGUCCUCAUCCAGACCAACGUCAACGGAAAUAUCACUCCUUAUUCAAUCGCGGGCAUCGCUGCACUGCUGGUCUAUGAUUACAUUUGCACCCUCGACCAGGAAAUCGAGUUUGUCUGGUCAGGGCCCUGGUCUCUGGGAAAAUUCCUCUUCCUCGCCAAUCGCUACUCGCCGUUCAUAGACACCUUCAUCUCCCUCCACCUCCUCACCAGCUUCGAGUCCCCUGAGCACUGUCUAGCCCAGUUCAAAGUCGUCGCAUGGCUGAUCACUCUAGGCACCUUGCUCUCCGAGGCCAUCCUGAUGCUCCGGACAUACGCCAUCUGGGACCGCAAGCGCUGGGUCCAGGUCCUCCUCCUCUGCAUCCUGCUCCUUGUCUUCCCCGCCGCGAUCGCCGUCACCCACAUCGAGGUCGCCUCUUUCGAAUACGGCCCCUCUCCACACCCCACGAUCCCGGGAUGCACGCUCAAAAAGGCCAGCAGGAUCAUCUACAUCGCCUACGUCCUGCUCAUGGUCUCCGAAACCGGUCAGUCUCGCCUGCUCCGCAAGUCGCCUCUCGCUGACCCAGCGACAGUCAUCGUCGCCCUCACGGGCAUCAGGGCCAUCCAGCACCUGCGAGCGACGCGGUCGCCCCUGGUCGUUGCUCUAUACCGAGACGGCAUACUCUUCUACGGCUAUCUGUUCGCCAUCACGGCCAUGAACGUGAUCGUCCCCGUAGCCGCGCCGGUCGAGUUCUCCAACUGGCUCGCAACCCCCCAGCGCGUCCUGCACAGCAUCAUGUGUACCCGCGUCCUCCUCUUCAUCUUCCGCGCGCGCUACGCGGGGUCGCAUCCCCGCAGCGCCUCCGCCUCCGCCUCCCCCCACGCCUACGCCGCGCCCGCGGGCGCUACCGGCAGCGCGCGCACGGACUCGGACGCAGCGGAGCUCACGUCCUUCGCGAAGCUCACGACGAUGUUCUCGACGGUGUGGGGGCCCGGCGAGGGCGCGCCGGACGGGCUCGGCGCGGGCACGCGCGUCGGCUCCUCCUCCUCCGAGGAAGGGGAGGGCGAGCUGGGCAGCGAGCAGUGGAGGCGGCGGCGGCUGCGAGGGGCGGGGGAGGGGGACGUCGAGGAGGAGAUCGAGAUGGAGGUUAGGAGUGAGCGCGUGCGCGGCGCCGAGGAGGAUUAUGAGCGGGGCCAGGGGCGCCCGAGCACGAACGCGCCGGGGGGCAGCAUCGAGACGACGCGCGCGCUGCUCGGCCGCGGCGAGGAAGAGGCGCAGGACGCCAUUGCUACGAUCGGACGCACGCGCUCCCGAUAA